AUGUCAAGCUCCGUAUCGACACCCUCCUCUUCUACCAUUACUCUGUAUUCAUUCAAGCCUUCGUCUUCAUCAUGGAGAGUCCGUGCUGCUCUCUACCAUAAGAAAUUGUGGCCACAAGUAACCAUUGAAGAAAUCUCCUUGUUGGACAAGGUCAAUGAAAAACAAGAAUACCGGGAUGUAAAUCCUAUGGGACAAGUCCCAUGUCUGGUCAUUCAUGAUCAAGUCUUAACACAAUCCAUUCCGAUCAUUGAAUAUUUAGAAGCAGUUUUUCCAAAUCAUGGUCAUGAUGAUAGUACUGGUGAUUUGAUUCCUAAAGAUCCCAUUCUUGCCUUCAAAGUCCGACAACUCUCAGAGAUUAUCAACUCUGGAAUUCAACCCAUGCAUAAUGGACGUGCCAUUCGUAUGUUACCAGAACAGCAACGAACAGAAUGGAUGGAAUAUUGGGUCCGAAAUGGUUUGAGCGUGAUUGAGAAAAUUCUUUGCUUGAAUUAUCCUAACGCACUACCAUCCAACGAAGAUUACAAGUAUUGCAUUCCUCAAUAUGGAAAAUUGAGCAUGGCUGAUAUUUGUCUUGUCCCACAGGUAUUUGUUGCUAAGACUCGUACAAGUAUUAACGUGGACGAGGAGUUUCCAAUCACUUCAAAAGUUUAUUCAAAUUUGAUUAAGAUGGAAGAAUUUGUACAAACACAUCCUCAACUUAAAUAA